UGAGAGACGCCGUCGCCUCCCCUCCCAUUUCAACUUCCCACCGAGCCAAAAUGUUUCUCAGAUUCCUCCGCCGCGCGCCGCGCUCUCCCCCUCUGGUUCUGGCCGUUCAACACCCAACCCCGAAAAUCUUUCGAGCUCCCGCGAUCUUUAAACCCCCGUACUUCCCUCCGCUCGGAAUUCCCGCGCCCAGAAAAGUCUUCUCCUCCUCUCGCUUACUGCCCAAUCUUUGAGCUCAUCCGUCUCGCCGCCCGCCGGUCGUACAUGGAGAUCGCCAAGAACGGCAUUGCGAGCGGCAGCGUUCGCGACCUGCCGCCAUCGAAGCGGUUCAGGUACGUCGGCUCCCACCUCGGAUCGACUCCUAGCGUGCUGCUGCCGGCCAAGAAGCGCGUGUUGCCGCCGCCGCAGCCGCCGGAGGAGGCACCUAUUGCUCUCUGCCUCCCGGUGAAGAAGAGAGCCAUCGUGGCGCCGCGGGUGCAGGUGGCGGACGCCCCGUUCUGCCUCCCGGCGAAGAAACGAGCCAUCCUGGCCGCGCCGCCGCCGGAGGACGCGGCGCCUGCGUGCCUCCCCGCCAAGAAGCGCGCCUACGCAGCGCCGGCAGAUGCGGCCGUGCCGGCGUGCGUUCCGGCCAAGAAGCGCCCGUGCGGUCCGCCGCCGCCGCCGCCGCCGGGUGCGGUCGCCUCGGCCAAGAAGCGCGUCCAUGCGCCAGCGCCUCGGGGCGACGCCGCCGGUUCUGUUCCGGCGUGCCUACCACCCGGCAGGCGCGCUUGCGCCGCGCCGCCGGUGGAUACGGUUGCUUCGGCCUGCGCCUCGGCUAACAAGCGCCCCCACUCGCCGGCUCGGCGCGAGGACGCCGCGCGUUCCGCCCCGGUUUGCCUGCCCGUCAACAAGCGCGUGAUGCCGCCUCCACCCGUGCAGUCAGAUGGUGCUCGAGUAGUCAACGCCAAAGAAGCCAGGCCUCAAGGAUCCAGUAAGCACGCCGGCGGCGGCGCCAUCAAUUCUAGAGUGGCGAGUGGCACUGAAGAACGCGCGAGAGGCGAAGAGUUCAAGAAACCUGAGAAGCCCAUCAAUCAUAAGGGAAUCAAGGAGCAGGUGCCCAUGAAACUAAGCAAAGCAAGUUCACCCCGUAAAGGUAAAGGUCUGGAGAAACAACCCUGCAAGAUCGUCGACGGCGAGCAGUCUGAAGUCGUGGUUGAAGUGCGCAAGAAAUCCGACGAAGCGGCUGGUGCGAAGAUAACAUCAGUCAAAAAAGAGCCGAGGAAUGGGUCUGACGAGGUGGCGCAAGAGCGAGAGGGAGAGCCCGUGGAGGUGGAGGACGACGAUGGCGUGCUCUGCGCCGUGUGCGCGAGCACCGACGGCGACCCGUCGGACCCCAUCGUGUUCUGCGACGGGUGCGACCUGAUGGUGCACGCGUCCUGCUACGGCAACCCGCUCGCGCAGGCCAUCCCCGACGGCGACUGGUUCUGCUCGCUCUGCAUCGCCAAGAAGAACAAGCCGGCGGUGCGCCGCCGGAGCUGCUGCCUCUGCCCGUCCAGCGGCGGCGCGAUGAAGCGCACGACGGAUGGGAAGUGGGCGCACAUCUCGUGCGCGCUGCUCGUGCCGGAGGUGUUCUUCCGGGACCCCGACGGCCGCGACGGCAUCGACUGCUCCCGCGUCCCCGCCCCCCGGUUCGCCAAGGCUUGCUACAUCUGCGAGGGCAACAAAGGGUGCGCCCUCGAGUGCGCCCAGCCCAAGUGUGGCCUCGGCUUCCAUGUCUCGUGCGGCCUCGGCGCCGGCCUCUGCAUCGAGUACCAGGAGGGAAAGGGCGGCGCCAUCGUCGCCGGCUUCUGCAGAGAGCACACCGAGCUAUGGGAGAAGCAACAAGUGACAGGCAAGUACAAGAUUGUGGCGAGAGGACAGGAAUGAUAAUUUGGAAGAUGAAGAAAAUUGGGUGCUUAAUUUCUUGACUGUGCUGAAGAUAUGCUUGUUAUUAAAAUUUGUGAUCUAGGGUUCAAUAUUCAUUUUGCUGUGCUAAAUUGUAUACCUAGAGUCCCGUGAUCUAUGUUAAGGGCCCGUUCGUUUAGGGCAGGAUGGCACCGGGAAUUGUUUCGGCUAAUGAAAAAUUCUGUAAAAUUAACUAACAAUUCCAGUCGGAAUUUUUCCUGGGGCUCAUUCCGGAGGAAGCGAAGAUGCCCUAAGUUGGUUUUAAGGAUCCAGAUGUUACAUUGUCCUCAAGAGUGCGAUCAGAGAGUGUGCUACUGUCAGUAGCUUCAGAUCUCGAGUUAGACUUUCAGAGGGCAUUGUACUUAUUUUCGUCUUAUUUGAUAAUUAAUGUUUAAUCAUGGAUUAAUUAGAUUUAAAA